UUCGGCCCCUUAUAAGUCGACUUCUGAAGACUUUCAGAUCGACUGUACCAUCGGAGGAAUCUUAUGCUCAAGCUACCAAACCCUCGAUCCAGGUACCAAAGCUCUCUCGCCCGAGAAAUGCGUCAAGGUGAAGUCAUCACCAUGCAUCCAUUUACUUACUUAGCUAGCUGUACAGUCCAAUGCGACUCAUAAAUACCCCCAUCCAUACUUGCCAAGCAUCCUGUCACUUUUAAUGUCAGUAUAAGCUGUAGAUCAGCACUCUAUUGUAUCUAUCCAUUGCAUAUCACCUCCCCUUCACGAUGAGUGACCCGAACAAUCCCAACAUCCAGAAUCGCACCACUCCGCAAUGGGCAUUGUACCAGCGCGAGAACUUCUGGAAGGCGAACGAGGGUCAGACGCCUCCUUUCAACACUGACCCCACGAAGCUCGAAGAAGAAGCGAACCGCAAGCUUAGCCAGGGCGGAUGGUACUACGCCUCCUCGAACGCAGGCCUAUCAACAACGCACCUAGCCAACCGACAAGCCUUCUACCGGCACCGGAUCAUCCCCAACCAACUGGUCGACACGAACCUACGCGACACAACGACGACGAUUUUCGGACACCGGGUGUCCGCGCCCAUCGGAUUCGCGCCCAUCGGCAUCAACAAGAUUUACCACCCGUCCGCGGAGCUGGCGGUCGCCAAAGUAGCAGGCGAGCUGGGGCUGCCGUACUGCCUGUCGACGGCGGGCAGCACGCCGAUCGAGCAAGUGGGCGCGGCCAACGGAGAGGGCAACCCGCGGUUCUACCAGCUGUACAUGCCACACGACGACGAGUUGACGCUGUCGCUGCUGCAGCGGGCGUGGACGGCGGGGUUCGACGCGCUGAUCCUGACGACCGACACCUGGCAGCUGGGAUGGCGGCACGACGACGUGGCCAACUCCAACUACGCCUUCUACCGCGGCAUCGGCGCCGACCUGGGGCUGACGGAUCCUGUGUUCCGGCGCCGCUGCCACGAGGCUGGCAUCGACCCGGACGCGGACCCCGUCGCCGCCGCCACAAAGUGGAUCGACUCCGUCUGGCAUGGUCGCGCCUGGUCGUGGGAGAAGAUCCCCUGGUUGAUCGAGCAGUGGAAGCGCAUCUCCGGCGGUCGCCCCUUCGCCAUCAAGGGCAUCCAGUCGGUCGCCGACGCCAAGAAGUGCGUCGCGUAUGGCGUCGAUGGCAUCGUCGUGAGUAACCACGCCGGUCGCCAGGUCGAUGGCGCCAUCGCCAGUCUCGAUGCCCUGGAGAAUAUCGUCAAUGCCGUCGGCGACCAGAUCUACGUCAUGUUUGACUCCGGCGUGAGAGGCGCCAGUGAUGUCGCCAAGGCGUUGGCGCUCGGUGCCCGAUUCGUGUUCGUGGGCCGCCUCUGGAUCUGGGGCCUCAGUACCAUGGGCGAGGAGGGCGUGCGCCAUGUGAUGAAGUCGCUGCUGGCGGACUUUGAUAUCCUCAUGGCCGUGGGAGGAUUCAAUAGCGUCGAGGAUUUCGAUCAUUCCAUUUUAGAGUCAUACCCAAAGUCGUACACAUUGAUACCCGACAGAGUUCUAUAGGUCGAGGAGCUAAGCGGACCCUCGCCACUGUAUAGACUGGAG